AUGCCGGAAAAUAAAACGACGCCUGCUGUAAUUGUGUUUGGGGAUUCCAUUGUUGACACCGGUAACAACAACGAUAUCCAGACAAUUAUCAAGUGCAACUGCCUCCCUUACGGCCAAGAUUUUGACGGUGGUGUUCCAACCGGAAGGUUCUGCAAUGGCAGAAUUCCUUCUGAUUUGAUAGCUGAAGAAUUGGGAAUUAAAGGUAUAGUGCCAGCAUAUAUGGAUCCAACAUUGAAACCCCAAGAUCUCAUAACUGGAGUAACCUUCGCUUCUGGUGGCACCGGAUAUGAUCCUAUGACUCCUAAACUAGCGUCAGUUAUACCAUUGGGGAACCAGUUAAACUAA